AUGGCCAACGAGAAUUUCAAAGUUAUAGUGGUUGGUGGAGGCCCCGUGGGAUUAACUUUGGCACACUCGCUUGCCAAAGCCGGUAUUGACUAUGUCAUCCUCGAGCGCCGCAAGAGUAUCGCGGAAGACGAAGGCGCAAGCUUGGUUCUUGCCCCUCAUGGAAUGCGUGCCUUGGCUCAGUUCGGCCUUCUGGAUAGCCUUCUCAAGAUCAGUGUAGAGAUGAGCGAUAUGCGGAUCGUCACCGGCGACAACCGCCCAUUAAAAAGGUUUCUAGCUCAUGAUGUAUUCAGAAAGGCCCAUGGAAUUGGGUCGCAUAUAUUUCACAGAGCUCACCUGGUUAAGGCUCUCUACGAUGGCCUGAGCAAGGAACGCAAAUCUUGUGUUCUGACUAAUAAAAAAGUGACGGAUGUUAUGGCCGACGAUUCUGGUGUCACUGUUAGCUGUUCGGACGGGACGAAGUACGAAGGGUCCAUCGUGAUCGGAGCCGAAGGGGUCCAUAGCCGGACACGUGAACGUAUGCGUUCCCUUGCCUUAAAAGCGUCGCCUACCAUCGACAUCGACGACGACAAGCCGUUCAUGUGCUCCUAUAAGACGCUGUGGUGCUCAUUCCCUCUGCAGGGUGAUGAGAAGGGCGCCCCUGGCUUGGCGUGGGCGGCGCAUGCCAAGGACCACUCUGUUCAGUAUCUCGUAGGGUCGGAGAGGGCGUGGAUUUUCAUAUACGAGCUUCUCCCCAACUCGCCGAUAAGGAUGGGGACUCGCUACACUGAACAAGAUGCUAUAGAGUUCGCGAAUAAAUGGGCCCAUAUGCCUGUCGGCGAUGGACUGACGGUGAAGGAGGUGUUCGCGCAGCGAUACACAGUCGGCAUGGCGGUCCUCGAAGAAGGUAUCUUGAAGCGCUGGUCUUGGGGGCGGAUCGUGCUCGCUGGCGAUGCGGCCCACAAAUUCACGCCAAACCAAGGUCUUGGGUAUAUCAACGGUUUGCAAGAUGCGGUAGCCCUCACCAACGAGCUACACCGAGCCAUACAUACCCCUUCGCGACAGUAUGGUGAUGAGAAUGACAAGAACGGGCCGAGCCUCGAGACCUUGUCUGCCGCGUUUGAGCGCUAUCAGAAUUCGCGCAUGGAUGAUGUCAAAGAAGAUUGGACACUCUCGAUCAUAGAGACGAAAAUGUCGGCCUGGUAUAAUUCGGUGUAUUGGGCUUUCGACUAUUUUGUUCAGCCGUACUUUCCUCGUUUCAUCAAUCUUCUGGUUUUGAGGUUUAUCAUUUCAGGGCGUGCGCGUAAGGGCCAGGUGCUCAAUUUCUUGGACGAUAAGGAGCCCUUCCCAACAGCGACUAUUCCUUGGAAAUACCCUAUUCCGGGUCGUGCUGCUCUAGCGGAACCUAGGAAGGUCGGGCGUAGCUCAGCGUCAUCGUUUCUUGGGAUUUUCAGUGUCUUGUUUCUUUCGAUGACGGCGUCGGUGGUGAUUAGUGGUCGUUAUAGACUUACAUGA